AUGUCCUGUGACCUUCCCCAGCCUGCUUCCGUGCCCUGUGACCUUUCCCAGACUGCCUCCAUGUCCUGUGACCUUCCCCAGCCUGCCUCCGUGGCCUGUGACCUUUCCCAGCCUGCCCCCGUGCCCUGUGUCCCUCCCCAGCCAUCCUCCGUGGCCUGUAAUCUACCCCAGCCUACCUCCGUGGCCUGUGACCUCCCCCUGCCUGCACCCGUUCCCUGUGACCUUCCCCAGCCAGCCCCCGUGCCCUGUGACCUUCCCCAGCCUACCUCGGUGUCCUGUGACCUUCCCGAGCCUACCCCCGUGCCCUGUGACCUUCCCCAGCCAGCCCCCGUGCCCUGUGACCUUCCCCAGCCUACCCCGGUGUCCUGUGACCUUCCCCAGCCUACCCCCGUGCCCUGUGACCUUCCCCAGCCUACCCCGGUGUCCUGUGACCUUCCCCGGUGUCCUGUGACCUUCCCCGGCCUACCCCCAUGA